AUGUCUAGAGACGCCUCCGAUCCGAUUGACUGGGAUGUUGCGGGGGUAGUUGCAUUUCUAUGCAAUCCACGCGAAGCCCCAUGGGCCGAUUCGACCACUGCGCCACGCCCCGACCUUACCGUACUAGAGGCCGCGCUUCGCGAUAAUGAGGUCACUGGAGAAGUCCUUUUGAACGAUGUCGAUAGCCAAGCUUUGAAGGACGAUUUCGGCAUCAAACCUCUUGGUCACCGUAGCAGCGUCCUAAGAGCUAUCAACUGGCUGCAGGCUCGUUCCCCAAAGUACCGAGCAAGACACGGUCUCCCCUUGCCCCGCGAGACAUACUUACAGGGGGCGCUCUCAUUGUCCACGGCCAGUCCAUCGAUUUUGUCUCCAACGCCUACCGCCCCAUUGGCACUUCCUCUCUCGCUUGCUCUGUCGCUUCCACCCUCCGCCGUUCCUACAACCACGCCGCCAUCCCCGGUCAUCAAAGAAAAACGACGCAUUGCCCCAACGUUAGUGGCCGAUACACAAGGGCUUGGAAUACUAGGUCAGCAUCAAGUGCCUCCCGCAUCACUUGUGCCCAAAUCUGGCAACGGGGAUCACAGCGUCUCACCUCAUGCUCCUCUCGCUAUGCCCCCCACCCCACAUAUGGAGGAAAAUCCUCGUAUUUCCGAGAGUCCAUUCCCGCUUCCUCCUCAACCGUCAUCGACAAUGGAGAAGGAUUUUUUUGACCACUUGCUCGAAAAGUAUAAGGAUGACGGUGAGGUUGAGCCACUAUACGGUGACUCCGAAUCUGAAUUGGACACCGAAAGUUUGGCUGAGCUGGAGGAGAGGGAGGGGGACGGUGAGGAAUCUGAGGGGCCUGCUGGUCAAAAGCACGUCGAUCAGCGCACACUUUCACAAGAGGAGUGUGAAGCUGUCUUCUCAGCGUUCAUUGACGAGUACAGCGUCUGUUGGGAACGCGAGCAUCGGCCGAAGCACCAGCGACACGCACACUACGUGUGGAACCUUGGUCGAGAUGAGCGCGGCGGGGCGGCUUACUGCGCUGACGCCAAGAAGAUGCAGCAGAGGCUUGCUGUCCGGCUUCAGUCGAUGAAGAAUAUGCUCAUCGAAGCCGGAUACUCGACACCCCAUGACUUGCGCGAUGGCUGCCGUGUCAUGGAACCCACGCUGGAUGAGGUUUGUCUUCAAAAGGAACCUCGACAGCGAAAACGGCGGGAGGUCGAUGCGGAUGAGGAGACCUUGAGCUCUAGCUCUGCGGUCAGUUCAGAUUCUGACUGGAUCGUGAGUGAUGACGAGGUUGAAUCUUCCGGACACGUAGCAGAGGACGACUCGUCGGAGGGGGAUGACAUCGACCAUCGGGCGCCGUUCAGGGCUUUUGGGCGGGCUCAGAGUCCAUCGGCCCAGUCAACGGCCACCUCGGACGAAAGUGAGAGGGCUUUUGGUGUAGGCAAGCGGCUACGGAUCACAGUCAGGGACCGCAUCCACGAUUCUGCUAGAAUUCCCGAGGCUGAUGACCCGAGUCAUCAAGCCGGCCAGCAUCGACCAGUUCCUGACGUGAUGUGCCUCGAGUCCUCAUCCCCAUCCGAGACAUCUAACCAUGCGGACCGAAUGGAUGCUGACACCUCGGAUUCGAGCCAGAAGCUGCCUGCUGGUUCUCCUGGACAGGAUGUCGUGAAUGAAGACAAUGGGUUCAUGGUGACUACCCCACCGCUCAAUCCAUCCACCAGUUCUUCUCUCAUUCCCGGAUUGACACUCACGCCUGGAGAACUCAGCUUCAUCCAUGAAAGUGCCAGCAGUGGCCCCUUGAGAGAUCCUUCGAGAAGGGCCUCCACUGGGAGUGCUCAGACCCAACCUCCCCUGGACAUCCAAGAUAUCGACCUGUUCCACCUGGUUUCCGAAAUCGGCUGCAAGCAAAUUGACGCCACGGGAAACAGCGAAUGGAUACUUGCCAAGCAAAUGACACUUCUCGCUGCUGACGAACGUGAGCCUCUCGGAGAAUACUUGGAAAGAUACGUGGACAAUUUGUACGUCACCCAAGUCGACAGUGCGCUGAGUGCCUUGCUUCAGGACCAACCUCACUUCGACGGAAUGACUUCCGAGGAAAGUGCAACAGGCAUGCGUUUGGCUAUCUACUAUGUCUGCUGGCACUGCCGGACGUCGCCGGGGCUCUAUGGAGUACAGAAGGAUCAAUUGAAGAAAGCCCUCGAGGACCUGGAUCUCCCAACAUUUCUUCCUUUCUUCCGUCGGCUCAAAGGUCUCUUCGAGGCCUAUGCGAUCUGGGUCACUCAGCCUACAACUCCUGGGCUUGCUGACCACAAGCGUGCCGAGCCGAGUACUCUGAGCACAACUCGUGGGCUUGCUGACCACCAGUAUGCCGAGUCAAAUUCUCUGAAAAGGAAGCGCAGACGAAGAGGCACAGGGCGAUUAAAGCCUCUUGGCUCGCGGCCGCUAAGCACCAUGCAAAAAGAUGCGCAGAUGCGCCAGGCCGAACAGGAGCUAGGCUGGCGGCGGUUGAGACAAGAACUCGAGAGUCGGGGAGUGAGCAACAGCGACCCUAACAAGCAAGCCGUUACGUUCAAGGAUCCGGUUAUCUACCUGGAUCCUCAUUUGGGACGUUUUGUCAAGCCUCACCAGUUGACUGGUAUCCAAUUCAUGUGGCGAGAACUGAUCGAAGCGGGAAAUCCGCAAGGUUGCUUACUUGCCCACGUCAUGGGGCUAGGUAAAACUUUCCAAGUCGUCUCUCUCCUAUCGACAAUUGCUGCCGCGGCUGCAUCGGAGGAUCCCCGGAUCCGAGAUCAAGUGCCACAACGGUUCCAUAAUUCCCGCACCUUGAUUCUGUGUCCAUCCUCUCUUGUCCAGAAUUGGAUCGACGAAUUUCGCAUGUGGUUGCCACGCGGGCAUCGUCUUGGGGUCGUCUAUGAGGUCAGUAGGCGUCUGAUGCGUAGAGAUGCGCUAAUAUCGGACAGAGUCGGCACGAUCGCAGAAUGGUCAAAAAAUGGUGGUGUUCUCGUGAUCAGCUACGAGCUCUUCAGAAAUUCAGUCACAAACAAACCUCCGCUUCUGACGCAGGCAGACCAUCAGCUUCUCAAAGUCAGCCUGCUCAGCAAGGCCAGUAUCGUCGUCGCAGAUGAAGCCCAUCGGUUGAAGAGUGCAAACGCUGCGAUCUCACAGCUUGUCAGUCAAUUCCAUACGUUGAGCCGAAUUGCUUUGACUGGAUCCCCGCUGUCCAACCAGCUAUCAGAGUACUACCAGAUGGUGGACUGGGUUGCACCAGGCUACCUGGAGGAUGCUGCCACCUUCAAGAAGAAGUUUAUGGAUCCUAUCCAGGCAGGAUCCUAUAUUGAUAGUACCAUGAUGGAACAGAGAGAGAGUCUUGUCGCCUUGCAACUUCUUAACGGAAUACUAGCGCCGAAAGUCCUCCGCGCCGAUACCGCUGUGCUUGCCAAUGACUUGCCGCCAAAAACCGAAUUUAUCAUCACGGUUCCUUUGACACAACUACAAAAAGAUGCCUACAAUUUGUUUGUAGAUUGUGCCCGGUCUGAUGUAGCGAAUUCCACCACGAAACUCUGGUCAUGGCUCGCCAUCAUGCAGCUCUGUUGCAACCACCCAUUGCCUUUCUACGAGAAGCUUGCUGGCCGGGUCAGGGAAAAUGCGGAAAUUGGAGAAGUCCAGUCGAUUCUACCAAACACUCUGCAAGAAGCCGAACUCCCCAGCGAUCUAGUCUCUCUAAUGGAUGAGCUCCUCCGGAGCUAUUCCAACAAGGCGGAUGUGUCACUCUCUCACCGGGCGGUGCUGCUUGACAAAAUCCUUGAUCUCUGUGCCGAGGCCGGGGAUAAAGUACUGGUCUUUACGCAAAGUAUUCCGACCUUGAAUUUCCUUGACAACAUGUUCAAGGAUCGUGGGCGGUCUUUCCGGCGCAUCGAUGGUAGCGUGACCGGGCUUGAUCGUCAGACCAUUGUGAAAGAGUUCAAUCGCGAAAACGAUGAAGAGCCUCACAUACUUUUGAUUUCGACACGCGCUGGAGGAGUAGGCCUCAACAUGCACAGUGCGAACCGUGUGGUCAUUUUUGACUUCCUCUUUAACCCAAUGUGGGAGGAGCAGGCUGUAGGGCGUGCAUAUCGGAUAGGACAAAGGAAACCUGUCUUUGUCUACCGCUUCGUGUCUGGUGGAACCUUUGAGCAGCUCAUCUUCAACAAUGCUGUUUUCAAGAGACAGCUUGCCGUCCGUGUCGUCGACAAGAAGACCGUCGUCCGAGAGAGCUCGCGUAAGGUCUCGACCUAUCUCACACAUGUGCACAAUGUAGUGAGGGACGAUCAACAUGAAGCUCUCGGCUGGGAUUCCCAGGUUCUUGACAAGCUUCUCCAUAGCGAGUACCGUGAGAUCGUCCUCCAGGCCAAGCUCUCGCAUAUUCGCGACAACGAGAGCGACCAUCUGACAACCGAGGAAAAGCGUCAAGUCGAAGACGAGCUCGCGAUGGAACGUCUCAAGCGGUCAGAUCCAGCAGCGUUUCAGGCGGAGAUGAAAAAACGGGAGUUACAGGAGCGAUUGGCGGGGACAACGAAUUCUUUGGUUGAUCGGCGAAGGCUAUCUCAGCCCCAUAUGACACCGUUCAUCCACGCUCGACCGCAUCUCCAGAUAGGUCCCUCGCGCACAUUAUCUGGACAGCCCGCGCUACCGUCCAUGGCUGGCGCUAACGGUGAAGAGGUGACGCGCAAUUUAUCGCGAGAAUAUCCGUCGCCUCAUUUGCCAUCGCCAGCACGCGUUCCAUCUGUGCAAUCCGCUCUGAGCUCGGAUCGCCAACUCGCUUACUUAGUACCCGCGGGCAGUGAAGUCAUCGUGAUCGACGAUGAUGAUGCCUCACCAUCGUCUGUCCCACCCGCACCAGACGCAACCCUGCGUCUGCAUCCACGCGUCCAGUCUGAAGGCAGUGGUCAGCCCAGCUCUGCACUCGUCUCAGACGAUUCGCGUCCACGUGUACUGCCCGGACCAGCGAAUUCUUCGCCAUCGAAUAGGCAACUGGUCAGAGCCCGUCCAGCCCAAACGGAGCCGGAGCAGCAGGCCAAUGUCAGCUACCCUCCCAAACCCGUAUUAGGUUUCUUCCGUAAUCCGAUCUGGGCUCCACGAGGUCAUACAGUUCCAUCUGCUUCUCACGCCGAGUCCCCCACGGCCCAAGAGAAUGGCAGUGCCACGCAAGAAGGCCAAGGUUCUACAGUCAGCACAUCAGCUGCCCCCGAGGCGCAGACUCCCAGGCGCGUGGUCCCCUUCGACCCGCCCACGGGCUUUGAUAUGAACGCCUUCAUGCGGUUGAGCGACGAUGACAGGUCCCCAAGCUAG